AUGGACGAAGACUAUAACGCAGCCGUACCGGAAGAAUGGGCUGCGUUGCCGGAUGAAAAAGAAAGUACUAUAUUCGAUUUGCAAGUACCUGACCCCAGAACAGUUGUGGAUGUUAUGAACCGCAGAUUGAGGACGGAUUUCAGAGAAGUGACGGUCGACUGGAUAGCAUGUCCUGAUCUGCGCCGGUUUGGCUUCGUCGCACCAGGUCUGUGCGGCAAUCCUGCGCUCUUUGAACUUGGCAGUUUGUCGUAUUUGCUCCCUACGCCACGACCGAACAAAACGUACAACUUUCGAAAUCUUUUGGGUCAGUUCAAACUUACGAAUCGACACAACUUUAUUAUCGGUGCGGGGAAGCAUUCCGAUCCGCGCUAUUACGAUAUUAGUGAACUCUAUGCGAAUUUUAUGUUCUCGCCAGCGAGUCCUACUGAUGGAUCAAUGGAAAUCGAAAAUGACAGUUUCGCCGUAUGGCGUCUAAGAAAUUAUGAUUGGUCGCGAACGCUUUAUGACAUCAAUCCUACGUGCGAAAUACAAGGCAAUUUUUUCUUAAGCGAAGGACGACUAGGAAGAGUUUUCAAGGUAACGGCACAUUAUCCCACCGGAACGCUGGAUUUUGUAUCGGCAAUACAAAUACUUCUGCCACUCAUGAAGAACGAAGGGGAUCCUCGUAUGAUCGGUCUUGGCGGGAUAAUCUUCCUAAAUGAUAAUAUUCCGACGUUGCACCAUGUUACGCCCUCGUGCUAUAGCUUGUCAAACUUGCAUACGAUGAAUCAGGUUCAAGAAUGGCUACAGUACAAAACGACGCUUGAACCCGUGACUGCCAUCGGCACUAUAAUGAGUGAGGGCGGUUAUUACAAGAACCUCUGUCCGUCUUCCACAGAGAAUCCAUACAUUACAAAGUCGCAUUUCCAUUCGCGCAUGCCUAGCGGGUCUGGCGGUCAUUUGUAUACUGAUUUCGUGGACAAUAAUUACUCGGAUGCAUAUUAUGUAGGAUUCUUCUCCUUUGCGGAGAAGCUUUAUUGCGUGGACCCUCCAUCACAUCAGGAUAUACGCACUACCAUACAGGAAUUUGAUCGUCCUUUCUAAUAAUUGAUAAUAUAAUGAAAAAUUAAU